AUGGACACCAAGUUCGGGUCGGCCAGUGUGUUUGGUGUUGAAGAAAUUACAGUGUCAGCAAAUGAAGGAGAUUCAGUCACUCUGCACAGUGGUGUUGAAACAAACCAACAAGACAGAAUUAGAUGGUAUUAUAAUGACAUUCGCAUCGCUCAAAUCACUGGAAAUCUCUCUAAGACCUGUGCAGAUAAACAGUGUGGUAAGAGAUUCAGAAACAGACUGAAGCUGGAUCAGCAGACUGGAUCUCUGACCAUCACAAACAUAAUGACCUCAGAUACCGGACUUUAUAAACUGAAGAUUUUAGGCAGCAGCAGCAGUGAAAAGAUCUUCAAUGUUACUGUUCAUGAUGUUCCUGCUGCUGAACGAGAUGAAAUGAAGAGAAAGUCAGUGGGAGAAUCUGUUACUUUAGACACUACUUUAAUUAAAACCCUAAAUGAUUCAAUUAUAUGGUAUUUUAAUGAGAUUCUAAUUGCUGAAAUCACUGGAGAUCAGAGUAAGAUCUGUACAGAUGUUCAGUGUGAUGAAAGAUUCAGAGACAGACUGAAGCUGGAUCAUCAGACUGGAUCUCUGACCAUCACAAACAUCACGAACACAGACUCUGGAGAAUAUAAACUGAAGAUCAGCAGUAGCAACAGCAGUGUUGACAGAAUAUUCACUGUAUUAACUGUCAUUGCUGUUCCAGAUUCAGGUUCAUCUGUAGAAGGAAUAUGUGUUUCUGUUUUUCUGCUGAUAACGGUUUCAGCCGCUGGUGUGUUUUGUUAUUGAAAGAAUCAAGC